AUGGAAAACGACGAUGAAUAUAAGGCUUUUAUCAAAAAACUGGAAAAAUUCCCAAAUUAUUUUCAAAUGGGUGCAGACUAUUCGAAUUUACGUCGGUGGAAAAAAUUGAAACAAAAACUUGAUGAUGAAACGGAGGACUUUGAAGAUAUGUGUGAAAUGGAUAGAUUUCGAAACCUUAACUUAUUUGGUUGUGUUUACUUUUAUCUUGGAGAUAUGAAACAUGCAGAGUCAAAUAUUUUGGAAGUCUUAACAAAAUCAGAUUGGACCAACAUCAAUGCAUGUGUUAUGAUGGCAAAAAUGUGGUAUAUUCAGGGAAAGAUAACAAAGGCGAAGGAAAUUAUGGAGAAACUAAAUGAAUUGGCAGAAGAUCCUUACAAAAUAGACAUUGCCAAAGGUGAACUGUGUUAUGCAUGGUCAAGAUUGGAUCCAAAACAUUACAAAAAGGGAAUUGAUGAAUCAGAAAAACUUGUUUCCAAAUAUGCUGAUAAACCGGAAUAUCCCAUAUGGGCCUUCGGUCUCGCUUUAUUCUAUAGAAGAUGCCUUCAUCUAUCAGCCAGGUCUCUCCAUCCUGAUUUGAACAUAUCGGUAAGCCAAUGUUUCAAACGUGCCAAGGAAUUGUUUGAGAACAAUAUACGCAGCGAUGAUAUUGAACCUAUUUAUAAAGCUCGGUCUUAUAUAGAGCUGGCAAACUUAUUAGCUUUAAAAAAUAUUUUCCCUGAUAUCGAAAGUUCUUCUGACGAUAAGAUAUAUAGCACAAUUAAAGAAGGUGUCAAGCUGGCCCCAGAAUGUGCUUCGAUUUUGAUGAAAGCAGGGAAAGUAAUGAAAUACAUUCGCAAAUAUCUUGAAUCUGAAGAAUAUCUUCAAAAGGCUAAUGAACUACGACCUAACUCAUUUAACUGUCAUCAAUUAGCAUUGAUCAAGAUAAGUAACAUCAGACAUGCAAAUUAUAACAAGAGUGGCUGUAACAGACCUAGUUACCACAGCACUAAUAACCAUGCUGGCAAAUCGCAAAUACAGAAAAGGCGUGGGAAAGGUUCUUCUAAGUGGCAGGAUGCCAGAGAUAAGCCUACGAGGACGAAUACAACCACUCACACUUGGUCCACUCCAACAAAUACGUCACACCAACAAACUCACAAGAAACAAUUAUUCAAAUCAGAGGCAAACUGUCCAAAAGUCCAACUUGAUCAACAAACUAAAGAGAGAGGUAGUUCUACAAAUCCAGGCCUGGAAGAAGAUUGUGCUGUUCAGGAGCAUUGUACUUUUCAUGAUUUGGAGAAUGAAUUGGUCCCAGACUUUAAAAUGAUGUCUUUAGGUGUCAGAACUAACAAAACCUCAGAAAAGAUCUAUUCUGAUAAUACACAUACGGCCCAUAAAGUUUUAUCAACGACUCGUGCAUCUGAAGGUAUUUUGGAGAGCCCUGAAACAAAGCACAAAGGAGCGCAGCCAAAUUAUGAAUCAUGUCCUACGCCACCAAUUCAACCAAGCAACCAUUUGGAUCAACGACCGCGUGUUCCAGAAUCUGUACCUACACAAGUUGAGAAACAGAUGACACCGCCAAAACAAGCUUCAAUGAAAUCCAUUAUCAAGUCACCAAACUUUAAAACCUUUGGCAAAUACAAGUCCAGGCAACUUGUUCCUUGUUUAGAGCUUCUCCAGAGAUCAGUUAAAUACAGUAACAAUACCAAUUUUUCUGCCUGUUAUGACUGGGGACUGACAAUACUACACAUGACUCCUCAAAACUAUGAGGCAGCGCUCGAAAAAUUCAACAUUGUGAUAAAUAAUAGCGAUUCUAAGGAUUUGCGCUAUAAAGCUUACGAGCAGGCUGGAAUUUGUCGGAUGAAGAUGAGUGAAGACGAACAUGAUAAAGACCGAGAAUACCAUCGUAAAGACGCGUACGAAAUGUUCACAAGAGCUAUUCGAUGCUGGGCUGAUUGCCAAAGGAUGGAAUUACAUGAAUACUUUAAUGACGCCGAACAGAAUUGUUGCUCAUUGCGGGAAAUGAUCUUAGGGGAUGAUUCUAAAAGCGAUGACCAACAAAGGAAACAAUUAGCUCAUAUUUACUAUCUAAUAAGACAAUAUGGUCCUUCUUUGGAACUUUAUAAAGAGUUGUACAAUAACUUGAAAGACUCAAGUGGACAAGACAUCGAAAUCAUACAAGGUAUCAUUAACAAUCGUCUAAAAUUGAAACAGUUUGAUGAAGCUCGUGACUUAUUAGCAAUACUCCUGUUAUCUAAAGAAGGUUCUGACUGUCAUAAAUUCAAAUUUGAAGUUCUAAAGGAGAUGCUGGAUUAUGCUAUUGUAAACAAAGAUCGCAUGCUAGCUGAAUCAGUCGUACAUUUUGAUCAGAACUUCUCUUAUGAUGUAGUGAUCUUGUACAACGAGAGUGAUAAGUCAUCAAGUAAAUUAGGGAAAUGUUUAGCAGUCUGGUUGUUUGAAAUUGGUUUGGAAGUCACAUAUAAUACGAAUGAUGUUAUUGCUGGACAUUCUAUCCUGGAAGGUCAGGGAAUCAUACUAGGCAGCAGUAGAAUGGCAAUCUGCAUCAUAAACGAUGACAAAAAAUGCGACCACUUAGAUUACGUAAUGGAAAUGACCCUCCAGGAAUUUCACACAGAUGGCAGGGAAAUAUUCCCUUUAUUAAUCAAUGAUUCUAAACUGGCUGGUCAGUUUAACCUUUGCAAACCAUUCCGUGUACCGGGUACAAAUAAUUCCGUAUUUGACGAACAGAAGACCGAUAUACUCAAAGCAUUCUCUGAUAUUUAUUUGGCUUCCGGUAAUUCUCCCACUAAGCCUCAGAGUGAAACAAAUCAAACGUCGCCAAAAAGCUAUACACUCGAACAACAGUGA